AUGGCGCCGAGAACCGACGACGACUUCAUCUUCACCAUCUCCGACCACGAGGAUAUCUCCGACGAUGGCGCCGAACAGGGAGACGAGCCUUCGAAACUCGCUGGUCGCGGAAAGAAGCGCAAGCUGGACGAUGCCGCCCUAGUGAAGCCUAAGGAAAUCCAGCAGUCAAAGAGAAGUAAGAAGAAGGGCAAGAAGGCGAGAGAGCCGACUCCAGAGCUCGAAGAGGUCGACGACAACGACAUCGCAGAGCCUGCUGAGGAUGCCGAGGAUAACGACGACAUUGCAAGCGAUUUCGAAUUUGCACCCGGCGAUGUUGACAUUGGCUAUGUUGAGGACUUCGAUGGGUGGGGCAACGAGACGGUUGCGACGCAUGAUGCGAAAGACAGAAAGGGCACCGCUGUUGAUGUUGACGAGAUCAUUGAGCGGAGACGCAACAAGCAGAAGAAGGCGCAGCCUGCGGACGAACCGGACAGUGAGGAAGAAGCCACUGGCGACUUUGAAGGCUUCGGAGAUGACGAUGAGCUACUCGCUGAGGAUGGAUUCGGAAUGGGUGCAGAAAGUGAGGAGGAUGAGGAAGCAGACGAGGAAGGAGAGGGUUCACAAUCGGGCGAAGACGCCAGUAUGCAGGACGCGGAGCAAGGCGCGGACGAUUCGGACAACGAAUCUGUUGCUGCUCCUGUCGCACAUCCCAUGGAUCUCGAAGAAGCAGAAUCGGACGCCGAAAGCGAUCAUGAGGACUCUGCAGAAGCAAAGAAGGCUGCCGCAUUUUUCGCGCCUGAGGAGGAGAGCGCGAAGUCGCAGAAGAAGAAGGGCGCAGCAGGAGGCUCGUCUUUCCAAGGCAUGUCUCUAUCAAGGCCUAUUCUCAAAGGUCUGGCAUCAGUCGGUUUUACCGAACCCACUCCCAUUCAGUCCAAGACGGUCCCAAUCGCGAUGGAAGGCAAAGACGUGGUGGGAGGAGCCGAGACUGGUUCCGGUAAAACCGCUGCGUUCCUGAUACCCAUUCUUGAGCGUCUGCUGUAUCGACCGAAGAAGAUUCCCACAACUCGCGUUGCUAUACUCAUGCCCACGCGUGAGUUGGCAGUGCAAUGUUUCAACGUCGCACAGAAACUCGCUGCGUUUACGGACAUUACUUUCGCGCAACUGGCUGGUGGUUUCUCGCUACGCGAGCAAGAAGCAGUCCUCCGAACGAAGCCUGAUGUCGUAAUUGCCACCCCUGGUCGAUUCAUCGAUCAUAUGCAAAACUCGGCAGGUUUCCAGGUGGAGACUCUCGAGAUCCUUGUUCUCGAUGAGGCCGAUCGUAUGCUCGAGGAAGGUUUCGAGAGCCAGCUGAGCGAGAUCUUGACGACCAUCCCGAAGUCAAGACAAACGAUGCUCUUCUCCGCUACCAUGUCCACGUCGGUUGACAAGCUGAUCCAGAUUGGCAUGAACAGGCCGGUGCGGCUCAUGGUAGACUCCCGAAAGAACACCGUGGCUGGUCUCACCCAAGAAUUCGUCAGGAUAAGGAAGGGUAAAGAGGACAGGCGUCUGGCCUAUCUCAUGUACAUUUGUACAAAGGUAUACACAGACCGGGUUAUUAUCUUCUUCCGGCAGAAAAAGGAGGCCCACCGCGUCAGGGUGGUGUUUGCGCUUUGCGGACUCAAGGCUACCGAACUUCACGGAAAUUUGACCCAGGAACAGCGUAUCCAAAGCGUAGAAGCAUUCCGCUCGGGACAGGCAAAUUUCCUCCUCGCAACCGACGUGGCUUCCCGUGGUCUCGACAUCAAAAACGUGUCGACGGUCAUCAACUACGAAGCGCCUCAGACACAUGAGAUCUACCUCCAUCGUGUCGGACGUACGGCCCGUGCGGGACGAAGUGGACGGUCGUGCACGAUUGCGGCCGAGCCGGAUCGCAAAGUAGUCAAACAGGCUGUCCGCUCAUCUCGAUCCCAGGGCGCCAAAGUAGUCAGCAGACAAGUGCCCCAGGAAGAGUCGGAUAAGUGGACCAAGAAGCUCAAGGAAUUUGCCGAUGAAAUUGAGGAGGUACUGCAGGAGGAGAAGGAAGAACGGGCCAUGAGCAUCACCGAGCGCGAUCUGAAGCGCGGAGAGAAUCUGAUCGUCCACGAAGACGAGAUCAAAGCUCGGCCCAGGCGAACAUGGUUCGAGUCAGAGAAGGACAAAUUGGCAGCGAAGGAAAAGGGAGCUGCUGCGCUCAACGGCCCUGCCAAGACGGGCAGCGAUGGCAAGAAGAAGAAGCUGAGCGGAAAGGACCGCAAGAAGCUAGAGCUCAACGAUGUUCGGACGGAGGGCAAGAUGUGGAAGAAGGGCAAGGAGGACCGAGGAAAGAAGACGCUGGGCGGAGGGCGGCGGAGGAGUCGGAUCAAAAGUGCAGCGCCAAUUCGACAGCCAAUUUCACGUCUCACGCCUGCGCCUGCCUGCUCUGCUCACCAUACACUCCUUCGGCCUGCUGUAUUCUCCUGCCGUCCCAGCCUCCUGCGACCGGCUCCCUACUACCACCACCCCGCCCGCGCACACAAGCCUACGGUCGCCGAGAACCCCUGUCCACGUUAG